AUGGACGACCCGGUGCGCAUCGCGCGCGAGCGCGUCGAGUGCGAGGCGCGGAACAACGCCACCGCGCCGCCACCAGGUCUCUACUGCGAGGGCACGUACGACACGUGGCUGUGCUGGCCGCACACCCCCGCCGACACCACGACCUUCGCGCCCUGCCCGGGGUUCGUGCCCGGUUUCAGCACUGAUUUAUUUGCUCACAAAAUAUGCACGGCGAACGGAACGUGGUGGCAGCAUCCGUUGUCGGGCCGGCCCUGGUCCAACUACACCACCUGUGUUAAACCUGAAGAUGACGUGAGUGACAUCGUGGCGCUGUACGAGACGGGGUACAGCUUGUCACUCGUGGCGUUGCUGCUGUCGCUAGGAAUUCUCUUCUAUUUUAAGAGCCUGCGGUGCGCUCGUAUAACGGUGCACAUGAACCUGUUCGCGUCCUUCGCGCUGAACAACGCGCUGUGGCUGGCGUGGUACGGGCUGGUGGUGCGCUCGCCGGACACGCUGCGCGAGUCGCCGCUGUGGUGCCGCCUGCUCAACGCCGUGCUGCAGUACGCGCUGCUCACCAACUACACGUGGAUGCUGUGCGAGGGGCUGUACCUGCACACGGUGCUCGUGAGCGCCUUCGUGUCGGAGCGGCGCCUGCUGCGCGGGCUGCUGGCGGCGGGCUGGCUGCUGCCGCUGCCGUCGGCCGUGGCGCACGCGGUGCGCCGGGCCGUCGCGCAGGAGCCCUUCUGCUGGGCGGACGAGGGCGCGCGCGCCGAGCUGGCCGCGCUCGUGUGCAUCGUGGUCUUGCUCAACGUGGCCUUCCUGUGCAACAUCGUGCGCGUGCUGUGCACCAAGCUGCGCGCGGGCGGCGGCGCGGGCGGCGCGCGGCCGUCCGCCACGGCGCUGCACGCGCUGCGCGCCACGUGCCUGCUGGCGCCGCUGCUGGGCCUGCAGUACCUGCUCACGCCCUUCCGCCCGCCGCGCUCGGCCGGCUGGUGGCUGGCCUACGAGUACGUGUCCGCCGUCACCACCUCGCUGCAGGGCCUCUGCGUCGCCGUGCUCUACUGCUUCUGCAACGGCGAGGUGCUCGCGCAGCUGCGCCGGCGCUGGCGCGUGCUCACGUUCCGCCCGAGGGCCAACUCGACGACGAACACCACUGUGUCGUUCGUACGGUCGGCCGGAGCGGGCGCGGGCGAGGAGAAGGUUUGA